UGGCUGUCAUAUCCUUUAUGAGCAUCUGUAUUGAUUGCGCGUCAAUUAAUCAUAUGCCCUAAGGAAUGUAAUUAAUUGCCAAUCUUUGUCCGAUCGCAAUGGACGUAAACAAAACCAUAGGAAACCCAGAGAUCUCCAAGAACUCCUCCGUUCUGAACCUGACUGAUCUUCAACACCAGAAGGAGGCGCUCCAGAGGCUGAACGAUCAGCUGGCACACCUGCUAACUCCAGUAAUUGCCUUCCUAAGCCUUCUCAUGGUGUUUGGAAUACUGGGAAAUCUGCUAGUUUUGUACGUAUAUGAAUUCAGAUUUAAACGUUCCAGCUCGCGGACUUUCAUUUUAUGUCUUGCACUACUGGAUUUUGUAGCCUGCGUAAUUGGAAUGCCUUAUCAUAUAUACGAUAUGUACCAUACCUACACGUACUACGACGAAGCUUCUUGUAAAGGACUGUCCUAUAUUCUUGGAGUUACGGUGACAGCAUCAUCUUUUGUACUGGCACUAAUUUCCAUAGACAGAUAUCGCAAAAUAUGCAAACCGUUCGGAAAACAGAUCUCAGAUCUUGGAACUAAGAAAGCUUGCUUUGCUUCAGUUAUUUUUGCAAGUCUAUUUGGUAUUCCAAAUAUUAUUAUGUACGGCAAUUCUUCAAUAGAGGUACCCGGUGAAAAUUUUACUGGUGUGGAAUGUUAUAUAAAAGACGAAUACGAAUCUUCGGAGUCCUACAUUUACUUUGGGCUUUUCUUUUUUCUAUUCAUUACUACAACAAUUGUGCUUAUCGUUCUUUAUUCUCUGGUGGGGUUCAAGAUCCGACAACGAGCGGCUAAUAUUUCCACAGAUUCUGGAAGCGUGAGAAAAGAGAAAAUAACAGCUAAAGGCCGGAGGUCCUUCAGCUUCUGUGGGGGGUCGGAUCCAGAAACAACGGACGAAAUUUUAUCUGAGACCGACGACAGUCUGUCUACCAUCAAAGUAAAAACGAUUUCCUACAAAAAAGGAAGCAACGAAACGCACUCCGAGUGUAGAAUGGAGUAUGAAACCGCAGUGACACCAAUUUUUAAGGGUGUUAUAGAACAAGAAAAAGAGUCAAGUUCUAGUCAGAAUUCCCACACAAGGUCCUCAAUGAUUCGGAAUAAAAAGAAAGGUGAUCCAAGGAAGAAGAAGAGUUUGCUAGACUUUUACAAACGACAAACAAUGUCUAUGAGUGACGAUGACAGCGAAGAAUGCAGGCAAUCUGUUCGGGGUUCCUUAUCUGUCAAGUCGCUUUCAAAGAGACAGAAGAGAACCGUACGGAUCACUGGAAUGUUGUUUAUGAUCACGUUGAUCUACAUUGUCAGUUUCUUACCCCAUCUUGUGCUCUUGGUUCUUGAAUUUAUGGACCCUGACAGCUUUGAAAACCUUUCCCCGAUGGCUUUUACGGGGUAUAACUUUCUUCUCAGAUCGUAUUUCAUAAAUAAUAUGGCUAAUCCUUUUGUCUAUGGAUUUCUGGAUCCUAAAUUUAGACACGAAGUUUUGUUUCUUUUUAAAAGUAUUGUAAAUUGCAAACAUGGAAGAAUCUUUCGAAGAUGAUUCUUCACUUCCAAAUGAAAUUAAAUUGCAU